AUGGGAGUUUGCAAUACUCGAGGUCAGAUGUACAACAGAGGGGUUUGUGGGCAAUCAAGGCCAAAAACGGCAGGGUUUUUCUGUCACGACGCUAUGUCCAAGGUCGAAGCUUUGGUGGAGAAGCCGGCCAAGUUUUAUUCGGCAGAAGAUGUUGAGAAACCCCUCGCUAACAAACACAAGCCAAAAGCACUAAGAUCCAGCAUCACUCCAGAAAGUGUGUUGAUCAUCCUUGCUGGUAGAUUCAAGGGAAAGAGAGUCGUUUUUCUUGCUGCUGGUAACAGGUUGAGGUGGUCAGAGAAUUACCUGGAGCAAGCAGCAAUCUACAAGUUGAAAAGAAUGAUACAAGACAUGCUCGGAAAUGAGUUAUAUAUUGGUGCUUACAUGGAGUCAAAUGCACCAUUGCAGGCUUUAGAAGCUUGCUUUAACAACUCUCCUUUCAAGAAAUUGCUUGAAGAUAUCUUCCCAGAUUUCAAGUCAAACGUUCUUAAUUUGCAGCAAGAACAAGAAUAA